GUUAUCACUAAUAGCAGUGUUGAACUUAUCGUAGGGUACUUGAGAGCACCUCAGCGCUCGAUUGCCUAUAAAUAUAGAAUGUCAACUGAGUGCGGUUCAGUCGCAAGUGAAUCGAAGUCGUUUGUAGUUGCAAAUAUUUUCUCACAAGCAAGAUGUCUUAUCAAAUCGAACCCAUCCCUAAUGGCGAAACUCUGAUUGGUGAAGGCCCACACUGGGAUAUCGAAACACAGAAUCUAUACUUUGUCGAUAUCGAUGUUGAUAGAGUACUUCGUUAUGACUACAAAGAGAACAAAACGUACAGCGCCAAAAUUGAGGGUGAAGAAUUUGCCUCUUUCAUUAUACCCGUCGAAGGCGAAAAUGGUAAAUUCGUUGUGGGUUGCGGUCGUCGUGUAGUUGUGAUAGCUUGGGAUGGUGUAUCACCAAAAGCCCAAGUGGUACGUGUUGUACGUGAAGUGCAACCAGGUGACGAGUUUGCUUUGAAUCGUUUGAAUGAUGGCAAAGCCGAUCCACGUGGACGUCUUUUCGCUGGUACCAUGUACAAUGAUCAGAAGGAUCUCUUCUCAAAGCGUAAAGGUGAAUUGUAUAGUUUCGAGAAAGGUAAACCGGCGGCAUUAAUCAAGGGUGAUAUUGGCAUCUCGAAUGGUUUGGCAUGGAAUGAGAAAGCGAAGAAAUUCUACUUUAUCGAUUCAGUUGACUACAAUGUCAAGGAGUACGAUUAUAAUGUUGAAACCGGUGUGGCGAGUAACCCAAGAGUGGUCUUCAAACACGGCUCACAUUUGCCCGAUGGCAUGACUAUUGAUAGUGAUGGUAAUAUUUAUAUUUGCACUUUCACCGGUGCCACUGUGUACAAAGUGAAUCCAAGCACCGCCGAGGUUCUGUUGGAAAUCAAAAUGCCCUGCAAACAAAUCACUUCAGCAGCUUUUGGCGGUCCAAAUCUGGACAUUUUGUACGUAACGACCUCCAAGUUAAACGAUCAGCCAUCACCAGCCGGUAACACCUUCAAGGUGACCGGUUUGGGCGUGAAAGGUCUCCCCAUGACAAAAGUACAGUUAUAAGCGCCUCAGUAAUCACACAAACAAGUUGUUAUCUCGUCGAAGACAUUAAAAUGUUUUGUUAUAUUUUUAUUAGGUUUGAUAAGAAAUCAAUAAAUAAGCAAAUGAAUAAUUAACAAAUAA